GUACUUAUCUUGCAUGUAUCGAGAUAACUUCCUUGAUAUAUGCGUCUUGCUGUCGCUCAAACUAUGACAAUGCUCUGCUGUGUCGGAUCCUAUCCGGGUUUAUUGAGAGGCCUGGUAAAAACCUUCUUAAGUUUGGAUUCAGUCAUGAACACAAUUUGCACAACAAUGAAAGAUUUGAUACAGGAUACGGACGCAAAAUGGCUCUAAGGAAUCCUAGAUUGUCUUCUCAUGUUAAUGGCAAAUUUAAGAAAUUCGUAAAAAAGACUGAUGCUGAACCAUUAUCCGAGAACCUGUGGAAUCAGACCGAAGGGAUCAGACAAGAAACAUUGCGGACAUAUUUUGUCCAGGGAAUAGGCAAUGGCGAUCUGAACCCUACAGAUUUUGGCGAAUUUAUGGUGCAGGACUCGGUCUACUGUCAAAAGGCCAAAGCAUCCAUUGAUAUCGCCGCUGAAAAGGCUUUCCCUGGGCCACUAAAAGAGUAUCUAUCAAAGGAGUCCCAGAGUUAUGAAAAGUAUUACAAAACCCUGUUUAAAAAGUGGCACAUAGAAGAUGCAUCGGGUAUUACCCUUGAUGAUGCCUGUAAGUCCUACGCAGCCUACGAGAACAAUGUCGCUGUCACAGAGGACACAAUCUACAUGAUAGUGGCUAUGAUUCCGUGCAUGAAGUUAUGGCCCUGGCUUGGACAACAGCUAGAAUCGGGAAAGAAGGGUGUUUAUGACGAAUGGUACAACGACAAUUUUGAUCCAACCUAUGAUGGAUACAAGGAGUUAGACAAGUUCGUCGAUGAUGCUGCUAUCACAGGGAGCAUUGACGCACAAAAGGCAUUAAAAGUGUAUGCAUAUUGCAUGUCCGGCGAAUUGGCCUUUUUUGGCUCGGUGCAGCACAAGUAGUUCACUACUUUUCAGACCUGUUAUUUAAGCAUAACGGAGUCUUGUAGGAACGGUGAACAUAUAUAUCAUUAUAUUGAAACAUAUAGCUUUUCCUACCACAAUUUCGUGGGGUUUUUCAACUCCCUAUACAUGAAAUAAUCAUUAUAACUAUUCAAUAACAAAUGUGUUUUGAUUUGUUUACACUUUGACCAGGACUAUUUUUAAUCACGUGGUUUAAUGCAUUUUGAUUUGUGCAAAUGAUGACACACAAAAGUGAUGAUUAUUUUUCAUAUAGAUAUCCAUCAAUGUAUUGCUUUGAAAAAUAAUAAACUUGCCGAUUUG